CAUUUUUCAAAAAUUAUUUAUAAAAUGUCGAAAAAGUUAAAUAUCUUAGUGUCUGUAAUGGAUGGCGUCGGACACGUGAACGCCUGCAUUGGUUUGUCUCAAGCGCUUCAAAAACGCGGACAUAAAAUAACUUUUGUCAUCGAAAAGGCAUAUAAAGGAAAGUUAGCUGAGUUUGGAUUUGAAGAAGAAAUUAUUGAUCGCAAUGAAGAAUCAUCUGAUGAAACAAAGCCGAAAACAGACAAAAGACCCGGAGAAGAGGCGGCCACACGUUUAGCACAAUCCGGACUAUUCUCCACAAUGUCUUCUCUGGAAAAACUGAAAAAGAUGUCAAAAAUGCCAAUCUUUGAAAAUGGUGUUCAAAGAGCUAAAAAAGACAAUUCAAAGUUUACUGAAAUAGUAGUCAAACUUAAUCCCGAUGUCAUUAUAAUUGAUGACUUUGUUGGUCGUCCAGCACUUAUAUAUUCUGGUAAACCAUGGAUUUCAAUAUUUAGUGGAAAUCCAUUGUUUGCCAUUGAAGAUGACAAAACACCACCAUUUAGUUCCGGUUAUCCAUCAAACGGUGAUAAAAGUGGUUGGAAUGAGUUUAAAGAAUUGAGAGCUCAAGUAUUUGCAGGACAGGCACUCAAACUAUAUAAUGAUUGGCUUCAAGAGUUAGGUUUUGAUGUCUCUCAAUCAAAAAUGGUUGUUCCCAUCUCACCCUAUCUCAACAUAUAUGGUUAUCCUGAAGAACUCGAUUAUACAGAUAUCAGACCACUUCCCAACAACUUUUGUCCAAUCGAUGCGUUUAUGAGGAAUGAUCCGAAAGAAUUCAAAAUUCCCGAUAAAUUUGAAAAUAGAGACAAAAUUAAAAGUAAAUUAAUAUAUUUAUCGAUGGGUUCAAUGGGUUCAGUGGACGUCAAUCUAAUGAAAAGAUUUGUUGAAAUACUGUCAAAAACUCAACACAAGUAUAUCGUAUCGAAAGGACUUUUAGCGCAUACAUACGAUUUGGCAGACAAUAUGUGGGGCGAGGCAUCAGUUCCGCAGACAAAUGUAUUGCCAUUAGUAGAUCUGGUUAUAACUCACGGCGGGAACAACUCUGUAACCGAAACCUUYAGUUACGGCAAACCUAUGAUUGUUAUGCCUAUAUUUGGUGAUCAGUACGAUAACGCUCAAAGAGUUCAUGAGAAAGGGUAUGGCAUACGACUCGAUACUUAUUCAUUUUCAGACAAAGAAUUAUUGGAUUCAAUUGAAAAACUCUUAAAUGACAAACAAUUAGACGAAAGACUAUCGAUUGCAUCCAAACGUAUGCUUAACUCCGAUAGCAUUAGUAAGGCCUGUGAACGCAUUGAAAGUCUCGUCAAAUAA